UGCUUUUUCCUUCACUUUUUUUUUUCUUUAAAUUAGUCAUUUGUUGUCACCAUCUUCUUCUUCACAGCAACAUUUCAUCCUUUUACAAUCAAACCAAAACACCCAAAAUGGCCGACGGAGUUCUCUCUAACGUUGUCAUAGAUAUCAUUACCAAGCUGGGUUCUCGAGCCCUUCAUGAGAUCGGAUUGUGGUGGGGCGUCAAAGGUGAGCUUAAGAAACUUGAGGCCACAGUUUCUAGUAUUCGCAACGUUCUUCUGGAUGCUGAGGAGCAGCAGAAACUUAACCGUCAAGUGAAAGGCUGGCUUGAGAGGCUAGAAGAAGUGGUUUAUGAUGCUGAUGACUUGGUAGAUGACUUCGCCACAGAAGCCCUAAGGCGCCGAGUGAUGACUGGAAAUAGAAUGACAAAGGAGGUAAGUCUCUUCUUUUCGUCUUCAAAUAAACUUGUUUAUGGUUUUAAAAUGGGUCAUAAAGUUAAGGCGAUUAGGGAGAGGCUAGCUGAUAUUGAAGCUGACAGAAAAUUUAAUUUAGAGGUUCGUACUGAUCAGGAGAGUAUUGUAUGGAGGGAUCAAACUACGUCCUCUUUACCUGAAGUGGUUAUUGGGAGAGAGGGUGACAAAAAGGCAAUUACACAACUUGUAUUGUCUUCCAAUGGUGAAGAGUGUGUUUCAGUCCUCUCAAUUGUUGGAAUUGGAGGAUUAGGGAAGACCACUCUUGCUCAAAUCAUAUUGAAUGAUGAAUUGAUUAAGAAUUCAUUUGAGCCAAGAAUAUGGGUGUGUGUUUCAGAACCUUUUGAUGUGAAAAUGACUGUUGGAAAGAUUCUAGAGUCUGCAACAGGGAAUAGAUCGGAAGAUCUUGGGUUAGAAGCAUUGAAGUCUAGACUGGAAAAAAUUUUUAGUGGGAAGAAAUAUCUGCUUGUUCUAGAUGAUGUGUGGAAUGAGAAUAGAGAAAAAUGGCAGAAUUUAAAGAGAUUAUUAGUGGGUGGCUCUAGUGGAAGUAAGAUAUUAAUAACCACUCGCUCUAAAAUGGUGGCAGAUAUAUCUGGCACAAUAGCACCACAUGUUUUGGAAGGGUUGUCUCCGGAUGAGUCUUGGUCUUUGUUUUUGCAUGUAGCACUUGAGGGGCAGGAGCCAAAACAUGCAAAUGUAAGAGAGAUGGGAAAGGAGAUUUUGAAGAAAUGUCAUGGAGUUCCUCUUGCAAUAAAAACUAUCGCAAGUCUCUUGUAUGCGAAAAAUCCAGAAACUGAGUGGCUGCCCUUUUUAACAAAAGAACUCUCAAGAAUAAGUCAAGAUGGUAAUGAUAUUAUGCCAACACUGAAGCUAAGUUAUGAUCAUCUCCCAUCACAUUUGAAGCAUUGUUUUGCAUAUUGCGCAAUAUAUCCAAAAGAUUAUGUGAUUGAUGUGAAAAGAUUAAUCCAUCUUUGGAUUGCACAAGGGUUUAUUGAGUCACCAAGUUGGAGUGAUUGUCUUGAAGAUAUUGGGCUUGAAUAUUUUAUGAAACUGUGGUGGAGGUCAUUUUUUCAAGAGGUGAAAAGAGAUAGAUGUGGAAAUGUAGAAAGCUGUAAAAUGCAUGAUUUAAUGCACGAUCUCGCAACCACAGUGGGUGGGAAGAGAAUUCAGCUAGUAAAUUCUGAUGCAUCAAAUAUUGAUGAUAAAAUCCAUCAUUUAGCAUUGAAUUUGGAUGUUGCAUCAAAAGAAAUUCUUAAUAACACAAAAAGACUACGAUCGCUUCUUUUUCUUGAGAAAUAUGAUUACGAUCAGUUAUUUAUUUAUAAAAAUUUAAAAUUUUUACGUGUAUUUACAAUGCAUUCAUAUAAAACGGUGGAUAAUUCUAUAAAAAUGCUAAAAUAUAUAAGAUAUCUUGAUGUUUCCGAUAACAAGGGACUUAAAGCACUUUCACAUUCUAUUACGGAUUUGCUGAAUUUACAAGUAUUCGAUGUCUCUUAUUGUGUCCAGCUCAAAGAAUUGCCUAAAGAUAUUAAAAAGCUUGUGAAUCUUAGGCAUUUAUAUUGUGAAGGUUGUUACUCUUUGACUCAUAUGCCACGUGGGCUUGGGCAGUUGACUUCACUUCAGACGUUGUCACUGUUCGUAGUGGCAAAAGGGCAUAUUUCCUCAAAGGAUGUUGGAAAAAUAAAUGAAUUGAAUAAGCUUAGCAAUUUGAGGGGACGUCUUGCAAUUAGAAAUCUGGGAUGUGUGGAUAAUGAGAUUGUAAAUGUUAAUUUGAAAGAGAAGCCACUCAUUCAAUCAUUGAAAUUAAGUUGGGAGGAGAGUUGGGAAGAUUCAAAUGUUGAUAGAGAUGAAAUGGCAUUCCAAAAUCUCCAACCACAUCCCAAUCUUAAAGAGUUACGCGUGCUUAACUAUGGAGGCAGGAGGUUCCCAAGUUGGUUCUCUUCCCUCACGAAUCUUGUCUAUCUCUGUAUAUGGAAUUGCAAGAGAUAUCAGCAUCUCCCACCAAUGGAUCAAAUCCCUUCUCUUCAAUAUCUAGAGAUUUGGGGAGUAGAUGAUUUAGAAUACAUGGAGAUUGAGGAACAACCAACAUCAUUCUUUCCAUCCCUAAAGACUCUCGAGCUAUAUCGUUGUCCUAAGCUUAAAGGAUGGCAGAAGAAGAAGGAGGAUGAUUCGACAGCUCUUGAGCUACUCCAAUUUCCUUGUCUUUCAUAUUUCGUUUGUGAGGACUGCCCUAAUUUGACCUCCAUCCCUCAGUUUCCAUCUCUCGAUCAUUCACUAUCUUUGCGGUACGCAAGCCCACAACUUGUGCACCAAAUAUUCACACCAUCAAUCUCUUCUUCUUCCUCAAUCGUUCCUCCUCUCUCUAAAUUGAAGAUCCUUCGGAUUAGGGACAUUAAAGAGCUCGAAUCUCUACCUCCAGAUGGACUGCGGAAUCUCACUUGUCUUCAAAGACUAACCAUUGAGAUUUGUCCGGCAAUAAAGUGUCUGCCUCAAGAGAUGCGUUCCCUCACCUCGUUACGAGAAUUGAAUAUCAAUGACUGUCCCCAAUUGAAGGAAAGAUGUGGAAAUAGAAAGGGUGCGGAUUGGGCUUGCAUUUCUCACAUCCCAAAUAUUGAGGUUGAUGACCAAAGAAUUCAAAGAGAGGGCCGCUAUCUACUGGAUGAUGAAGCUUCGAUCAAUGAAGGAUAAGUUUUGAAGUGUUGGAUGUGUUUCUUCCAAAAUGAGCAGUGUAUUACCUUUGAGUUCGCUCAUCAAGCUAGAGGAAUCAUUUAUUUGUUUUUUACUCACCUGAAAUUCUAUUAAAUUGGGAUGUGGGAAACAAAUUCAAAGAAAUUUUAAAUGCAUUGGCAGAAGUUAGUAGACGUCGUGGAAAAGAUGUUAUUGCUGCAAUUAGUUUGAUUAGUCUUCUAACUUAGGAUGAGAAUUGAUUGUGCUGAAGAGGUGGAAAAAACCAUUUAUUCUGAAAACAAAAUGUGAUUUCUGGGUAAACAUUAUAUUUCUCCCACACAAGGCUCAUCAAUGCUAUUGAAAUUCUGGGAUGCUGUUGAAAUUCUUAAUGCAUUGGGAAGUGGUGAACCAAUGCAAAGGCUUGCCGAAAUCAUGCAUUGGCAGCAGUUACUCGAACGCAUUAAGAGACCACAACUACAUGCCAUGGCAGCAAUUCCUGGAUUGGCUUGGCAUAAUUCGCCUUGAAAGAACUGCUAUUAAUGUGUGUGGCCUUCCAUAGAAGAAUUUCUACUUAUUGGAUGACUACUUUGAGUCUGCUGCCAGAAGAUUCGCUCAAAGGAACCUCUCAAAUACACUGUUGAAAUUUUUAGAGAGUAACUUCUCACUCAGAUUCCAUAUGCAGUAUUUGUGCAGUAAAAACAAAACGUGAGCUCUCCUCUUCUUCUGUCUUCAAAAAUAAGCGAUUCAAUGCUAAAUCACUAGUGUGACAAUCCUCCAUCUAGCAAUUAUCUUCAUAACUUACACCUGCAGCAAAGAUGAUGGAGAUUCACUAAGCUACGCAUUGUGCCCUUGACAUCCCGGAAUAAAAACUCACCGGGAUAAGUUUCCUAUCUGUCACAGUUCAAAAAACAACUCAGUACAGAAUGAUCCUGCCGAGCGGGAAGCAGAAAUGAAAGCUGAAUGAUGGGAGUUUUGCACACUUCUUCGAAUGACUUUUUGCAGGCCUGCGUAUUUCAGGAUCUAGAUUCUCAAUCAAGACCUCUGUUUCGAUCAUCCAACAUGCAAUGCCCAGACUCAUGCUGUGCUGCUUUUUGGUUUCUAAUUUCUCUUAUUUUAAGUAGUUUUGCUACUAUGCUAAUCAUUUGUUCAUUCAAUGCAAAUAACAUUAUUUUCCUUUUU